AUGCAGGCAGUCGGUGCCUUACCGACCUACCUGUGCCCUGCACUUGCUGGGACGAUGGCGGUAUCGACGGUGUCGACGGUGUCGACAGCAUCGACCAUGGCGAUGCCAGGCCGGCUGCGUUCAUCAUAUAUUGCAUUGAGCAGGCGGUCAUUCUCUGCCAGCACACCCAGCCUCUCCUCUUCGCAGUUUCAUCGGUCCGAUUUCUCGAACCAGCCGUUCACUGGCAUGUACGAGCCAGGACUGCCUACUUCCGGGCCCUUGGGGGGCGCUUCCAUCUAUGGCACGCCCAGGCUCACUCCCAAGAUGCUAAAGCAACAUCUCGAUCAAUUUGUUGUGGGUCAAGAACGGGCGAAAAAGGUCCUCAGCGUGGCCGUGUUCAAUCACUAUCAGCGGGUACAAGAGAUACAACGACGGCAAGAGGAAGAGGAAGAACUGCUGGCACAAAGAGAACGCAGGGAGCGGCAUCCGGUGGAAGACGAAUUUCCCGGUCAGCAAGCAACGAUCCGAAUGGGUGGCCCUCCUACAUCGGCGUUCGAGCCGCAUACGAGUAACCCGCAACUGGUUGACACAAGCCCGCUCACACUGGAGAAAUCCAACAUCUUACUGUUAGGACCUAGCGGGGUAGGAAAGACUCUGAUGGCAAAGACCUUGGCCAGAGUACUUUCAGUGCCCUUUUCAAUGUCGGACUGUACUCCAUUCACCCAGGCUGGAUAUAUCGGCGAAGAUGCCGAGGUGUGCGUCCAUCGCCUGCUGGCUGCUGCGAAUUACGAUGUGGAAAAGGCCGAACAUGGUAUUAUAUGCUUGGAUGAAGUGGACAAAAUUGCUACGGCCAAAGUCAGCCACGGCAAGGAUGUCUCGGGGGAAGGUGUCCAGCAAGCGCUGUUGAAAAUCAUUGAAGGUACCACCAUCCAGGUGCAAGCCAAACCAGAGCGGAACGCCCCUCGUGCGGGCGGUCAGUCACAAACAUAUCCAACAAACAGCCCUUUGGGUGCUGGACUCUCUUCCGGACCACCAGGUGGUGCACCGCCUCCGGCGAAGGGCGAGGUGUAUAAUGUGAGGACGGACAACAUCUUAUUUAUAUUUAGCGGUGCCUUCGUUGGCCUUCAGAAACACAUCAUGGACCGUUUGACCAAAGGGAGCAUCGGCUUUGGAGCUAGUGUGCGCUCCAGCUCCAACCUGCGCUCCUAUGCGCGUGAUCAGAAGUCAACAACAACUGCCCCGGUCCCCAUCUUGCCCGGUUCUCAGGAAGAAGAACUCUAUAAGAAACAUUUGCCGUUCUUCACCCCGGCACCUGCAGCUGAACCACCGUCAAUGGAUGGCACUGGCCCUGAGCCCAACUACUUUAACCCUUUGGAUCUUGUCACGCCUGCCGACCUGCAAUCGUAUGGCUUCAUACCUGAACUCGUUGGGCGUAUACCCACAACAACUGCAUUGUCCGCUUUGACUCACUCGUUACUACUACGCAUACUCACCGAACCUCGCAACUCCCUUGUGGCGCAAUACGUUACUUUGUUCUCACUUUCCGGCAUUGAGCUUCGCUUCACUACGCCCGCCCUACAUGUGGUUGCGUCUAACGCACUUUCGAUGGGAACAGGAGCCCGUGCUCUUCGCACCGAGAUGGAAACCAUUCUUGGGGAUGCAAUGUUUGAGGCUCCUGGAAGCAGUGUAAAGUAUGUGCUGGUGACUGAACGCGUGGCCAAGAGAGAAGAGGGUGCCAUCUAUUUCGCCAGAGGUCAAGGAGGCAAGUUCCAUGCUCUCAUUGCCCAGGAAGAGGGCGAGUGGGAAGAAAAGCAGAAGCGAAAGGAGGGGGAGAGAAAGACUGCUGGGCCCUCUGCGAGUUUCGAAGACUGGAGGACCAAAGCCACGAUUGCGGCCGGCAGCGGAGGCUGA